UCUCAGCUGACUUUUUGCUCAUUUGUUGAUAAAUUAAUUUUUCCAAGUCAAAGUUAUUAUGGAAAUGAAUUAUUGAUUAGUAUCGAAUAUUUCAGCUAUUAAUUUUUCGGAAUUCAUAUGGCUUCAUUUAAUUGGAAAAUAAAUAGGGAAUAUACCCCCAUUAUAAAGCAACUGCUUGUUCCAACUGAAGAUCAUCCUCUAAAGAAUAGCGUGGUUGUUGACAGAAUAACAAGAAAAUCAUCCCAGGUUCUGAUAGACAAUGGUGCAACUUCAGAUAUUGGCUCAAAUAAAUCAGAAGAUAUUCUCGAUCCUUUAACAAUGAUGGCAUUGAAUGAUUUGGAUCCACUUUCUAAAAUGCAGAAAGAUGUUGAUCUCAACAUACGAAGUACUGAUGAAAUAGAUUCAACUCCACUUGAAACAUGGAAUAGUAAAAAAUCUUCUAUAUUUAACAAAUACACUACUUCUGGUAAAAUAUCUAUCACUUCUAAUGAAUGGCCAGAAAGUAACAAUUUUGAACCUAGUCAAACAGCUGCAGAUAAAGUUCAGAAUCGCCUUGAACAAUUAGAUGCAAAUUUAGACAGCUCUCAUAGAAAAAUGGAAGUUACUCAAUCGGAAUAUUUUGAAAGAAUCGAUAUGCUGAAAAGAGAACUAGAGGCAUCUUGGAAUUCUGAGCAGAGGGUUAAAGCCGUGAAGAUUGCAAUUCAAUGUGCUAAGUUGCUGGCAGAAACAGAUGUAAUGUCAUUUUAUCCCAGUAAAUUUGUACAGAUCACAGAAAUUUUAGACAUUUUUGGGAAUUUUGUCUACAAUCGACUCAAGCAUAUGGCUAAGACCAAGACUAGUGGUAGCCAAAUAAUCGACUUACCAGAUAACUUCACACCAGAUAUGAUAUCGGAGGCUGCCAAAGAAACUUGCUUGAAUUGGUUUCAUAAAAUAGCUUCGAUAAGGGAAUUAGUGCCAAGAUUGUAUGUAGAAUUAGCCAUCAUCAGAUCUUACGACUUCCUAUCAACCACAGAAGGAAUGGAAGCACUUUUUAGAAUUUCGUCCAUGAUUAAUGGUAUAGGGGAUCCAUUAGUUGCUGCUUACACCAGAUGUUAUUUGUGUAAAGUUGGACAGACGAUGUCCAUUUCUCGAAAAAACAAUUCUUAUGUUUCGAUGAAUUUGGACUGUAUAAUUGAUAAUUAUACACAUCUUUUUAGUCGGAAUGUAAAGAAAGCUUUGAGUAAAGAAGACAUGUCUCUCUAUAAUUAUUUCGACCUGUUUACACCUGCUUUAACUUUCAUAAUGGAUAUACUUGUACUCAAUGCUUCCGAUAAAGAACUGGAAAAAAUUUUACUUAGAUGCAAGAAGCCAAAAAUAAGUUACUUGCUUCUGAACACCGUUUUGUUAGUGUUCAAACCAAAUUUUGUGGCGAACAGAACCGUGGAAUUUCUAGAAAUGAUUGGACAGUGCGCGGAGGAUGGUUAUACGAUAUCUACGCUACUUUGUUCCUUAGGUAGGGCACUUGGUAAACACCCACCGCCUUCAGAACAACAGAAACCUAUCCUUCGAAAUAUCAAGAAAUUCAGCAGCUCUUUUCACGAUCUUGAUGAAUACAUCACAUAUGUUGAAGCUUGGAUGCCCUUCGUUGCAAAGAAUUUUAAGGUUAGGGAAAUUGAUACCAUACUAGGCGAUAUUAUUUCUCGAAUAUACUGUAGAGAGGAGUGUGAUCAUUUUAUGAACCAAUUGAAGAACGUUAUGCAGAUCUUGUUACAGAAUGUUGAGGAUUUCGAGGCUCUGUUCACUGUGGAUAAUUUCCUCCCAUUCUUCGACCUGUUCCAACAGGACUCUGCGAAAAUGGAGAUGUGCAAAUUGACGUUGAAAAUUUUCUGCGAAAGCGAUGUUAGGAUAAGCGACGCGGUUGUCGCAAGUGCUCUGUCUUUCCUGUGUACAGUUUUACAUGAUUCAGUAGAUGCUCUCACUCCCGAAGACGAAUUGAAACAAAUUGGAUCGAUAAUCUGUAUAGUCAUAAGGAAAGUCGAUUAUGGAAGGGAUGUCGAACAGCAACUGAAGUUUUACGUGGAAGCUCGAAGUUCCUUUUCCAAUAUCGAUUCUGUUCUGAUAGAAUUGGUUCAAAGGACUGCCGCCCUUAUGGUGAGAACUAGGGAUAUAGUACAGGGAUUUCACAAUCGUAAAACUGCCGAUUUCAUGAGGGCUUGUGCAGCGUAUUGUUUUAUAACAAUUCCCUCAAUUUCAUCAGCUAGGGACCGUUUAGAAUUGUAUCUUCUUUCUGGUCAAGUUGCGCUUUAUAACCAGUGUUUAGGUCAAGCUGAUGGGUGUUUUAAGGCUAUUUUAAAAACGAUUACAGAAUACGAGUCCGAUUAUGUAAGAGAUGACCAUUAUCUUGUAUCUUUCGUCAAAAAAUUUCUUUCAAACAUCUUAGUUAUACCAGAUAAUCCAGACUUUGGCGUAUUGAGUUUGCUCAGGUCAUUGAUCAAUAUUCUUCGUCAAUAUGACUGGGAUAAGAAUGGGACUUCGUUGUUAUCAAUAUAUCUGUGCGUGCUCGAUUUACUAUCUGCGAUGGCUCAAGAAACUUUACCAUAUCAUGUCGAUAAAGUGGAGUCCAACGAUGCCCUUUAUGGGUGCGAUGAGAAGUUUCUCGGAGAAAUUGAAAAAAUGUGCCGAAUAAUUCUGAUGGAAAUCUUGAAUUUGCUCAAAGAAACAGGCACCUCUAGGAAACAGUCCAUACUUAUGUUGGAGCUGUUUGUGCGUAUUAUGAAUAGGUGCGAUUUCGAGGAUGUCACUGUACAAAAAUUGGCUUUCAACUUGUGGCAACAAUGUCAGAAGCAUGGAUUCAUCGAUAAGCAUUUUAUGGAAAGUAUAAAGAAUUAUUAUAAAUACAAACGUUCAAAAGUGAAAAAAGAAUAUUUACAACAAAUUUUUAGAGACUGAAAAAAGUGACAUUCCAUAUAAGAAAGUAGACAUAAGAGUCCGAUAUUCAAUUCAGUGUAUACAAUGGAUCAACAUAAAAAGAAGUAAAUUAGA